GCGCUCUCUCGCUGAGAUCCCGCUCCGCGCGUUCGACUCGCAUUAUCUCGCGAGAACACAGGACGACUUCCUCUUUGCGUUCUCUGCCGCCAUGCCGACCAAGAAGUCCAAGACCAGGAAACUGCGUGGGCACGUGAGCCACGGGCACGGGCGCAUCGGCAAGCACAGGAAGCAUCCUGGAGGUCGCGGUAAUGCCGGCGGGAUGCACCAUCACAGAAUCAACUUCGAUAAAUAUCAUCCCGGUUAUUUUGGCAAGGUGGGCAUGAGACACUACCACUUGAAGAGGAACACUCUCUUCUGCCCCACCAUUAACCUGGACAAGCUGUGGACUCUGGUCAGCGAGCAGACCCGGGUCAACUAUGGCAAGAAGCCUGACGGCCCGGCUCCCAUCAUCGACGUCGUGCGUGCGGGCUACUUCAAAGUGUUAGGAAAAGGCAAACUGCCCAAGCAGCCGGUCAUCGUGAAGGCCAAGUACUUCAGCAGACGGGCCGAGGAGAAGAUCAAGGGUGUGGGAGGAGCGUGUGUACUGACCGCUUAAAACCCCUUUUGCUAAAUAAAAUAUCUGGAAAAAUAA